AUGGCCGCAUCGGUCAGCAUCCCGCAGCCUGAACUUUCUGAGGCUGCCACCACACCUGGACAGAAGCGGAAAAGGGCGAGUGAGUCGGCUUCGCCUGAUUCGCGGCGCACUAAGCGUGGGCCGCCUGCUGCAUCCAUGACUGUGCAAGACACGGAUGCCGAAUCUUUCCUUGAGAACACUGUCAGCAUUGCGCAGGCCGCUCAUGAGCACGUCAAUGUGGACGAUUUCAGUGCGCUCGCGCAGGCUACCGCCGCAGACCACGGCGAUGCGGCUGACACCACCAAUGCGUCCAGCACAGCUGCCGCGGCCUUGAACAUGUAUCCCUCGCUUCAUGUUCCCCAGUCCACAGAGGAGGCAUUCGCCAACCAAGCAACCCCGGAGACCCACCAUGAAGACAGCGCAUUCAGCAAUCAUGGGGUGAACCAGCCAGACGGUUUGCCCAUGGUAUCGCCUACCCCUCUGCCACAGCCGGCAAACGGCGUCCAGCAACAAGAGCAACCACAGCGCUACAGCACUGCGCCGAAUCCAAAGCCUGCAGUAGGCUCUGAAGAGUGGCACAAGAUGCGCAAAGAUAACCAUAAAGAAGUUGAGCGUCGCCGUCGCGAGACAAUCAAUGAAGGCAUCAACGAACUGGCCAAGAUUGUCCCUGGCUGCGAAAAGAACAAAGGCUCCAUCCUUCAGCGAGCCGUGGCCUUCAUCACGCAGCUGAAGGAAAACGAAACACAGAACAUCGAGAAAUGGACCCUCGAGAAGCUCCUUACCGAGCAAGCCAUUGCCGAGCUCAGCCAAUCCAAUGACAAGCUGAAGCAGGAGUGCGAACGGCUUUACCGUGAGCUGGAUACGUGGAAGCAGAUUGCCCAGAACGCAGGGUUGCAGCUGCCUCAACAGAAGGAAGAGCCCGGUACUAACAGCUAG